GUAGAAAAGCGACUUUCCUGAUCGACCUUCCCACUAACAGAUCCACAAAAUUUUAAAGGUACAGAGCAAAUCGGUGUGCCUAGAGCGAGAGAGAUGGUGACGAAAACGGAGGAGACGGAGUUGAACCAACUCGAGAAUCAAGUUGAGAAUGGAGGAGGAGGGGAUUGGGAGUAUCUCUGCCUCGUUCGUAAGCUCAAGGUUCGCCGAUCAGAGAUUGUCUUCAAGCACGGUCUCUCGAUCUUGAACGAUCCGGGAAAGCGAUCCGCUCUUGGUCCAGAAGAAUGGACCCUAUAUGAGCAGGUAGCAAUUGCAGCUAUGGACUGUCAAUCCCUUGGUGUUGCACAGAAUUGCAUCAAAGCUCUGCAGAAGAAAUUUCCAGAGAGCAAACGCGUUGGUAAGCUGGAGGCAUUGUUGCUAGAAGCAAAGGGAAUGUGGGAAGAGGCUGAAAAAGCAUAUACGAGCCUUUUGGAGGAAAAUCCACUCGAUCAAGUAAUACACAAGAGAAAGGUGGCUAUGGCCAAGGCACAGGGCAAAGCUUCCUUAGCCAUUGAACAUCUUAACAAAUAUCUUGAAGUAUUCAUGGCUGAUCAUGAUGCCUGGAGAGAACUUGCAGAAAUUUAUGUUUCCUUGCAAAUGUACAAACAAGCAGCUUUCUGCUACGAGGAGCUUAUAUUAACUCAGCCUACUCUUCCAUUGUACCACCUAGCAUAUGCCGAUGUUCUCUACACAAUAGGUGGACUUGAAAACCUCAUAUCAGCAAGAAAGUACUAUGCAGCAACCAUAGACUUAACAGGUGGUAAAAGCACAAGAGCCCUUCUCGGAAUAUGCUUGUGUGGGUCAGCAAUCGCACAGCUCUCAAGAGGCAGGAACAAAGAGGACAAGGACAUGGCUGCACCGGAGCUUCAGUCUCUGGCUGCAACUGCAUUGGAGAAAGAGUACAAGCAAAAAGCUCCGGCAAAACUCAGCCUCCUCUCUUCUGCGUUAAGAAGCUUGAAACUCUCUUAAAAUUUCAGAGGCCACAAGAGGAAAACCCCCAAUUCACAUUUUUUUUGGUUUAUGCUUUUUAUUGUUAGACUUCUGUUCACUCGUUUCUUUUUUUAUAUAUUGAACCCACUGAUACGUUUACCAACGGUAUUUUAAUCAAGAUAAAUCAAACAUUAUUCAA